UCCUGUUCCUUCCUCUGGGGAACUGCGCGUGUGAGUGGGUGUGUCGAGCGAGGGUAAACUUUAUGAUGAGUUAAAGUUUGAUCAUGGCCGUGUGGACCCGCGCGGAGAAACAGGGUCAUCUGGACCUACUGCUGAGCGACCGCUGGGUCCGGGUCACCGCGGAGCUCACGCGGGACACGCUCACCCUGACGGCGGAGGGCGAACCGGGCGGGCCCGCGGGACACUCCGAACACGGCUCUCAGACAAGGAACGGCGUGUCUAAUGGCAACGAACAGAACCGAGAUGUUUAUCAGAGCCGCGGGCAACACGACUGUCCGGGUCGGGUCAACGGGUCCGACUCGGAGUCCAGCGGUUAUUGUGACCCGGCGGGGCCGGAGGGGGUUCGGAGGGUUCGGAUAGUCAAGCAGGAGUCCGGCGGACUGGGGAUCAGUAUUAAAGGGGGACGGGAGAACCGUAUGCCCAUCCUCAUAUCGAAGAUCUUCCCCGGUUUAGCUGCGGAUCAGAGUCGAGCCCUGCGGGUCGGCGACGCGAUCAUUUCCGUCAACGGCAGCGACCUCCGCGACGCCACGCACGACGCGGCGGUGCAGGCGCUGAAGAAGGCCGGGAAGGAGGUGACGCUGGAGGUGAAGUACAUCAGGGAGGUGUCUCCGCUCUUUAAGAAGUCCACUGUGAGCGCCGAUCUGCCUUGGGAUGGGCGUCUUCAGUCCCCAAACCUCAGCAGCAGCGACGAGUCGCCCAAGAGCAGUGUAAGUCGUGACAGGAAGGUCAUCCCACUCAAAAUGAGCUUCAUCAGCCGAAACCUCACCAUGCCUGACCUGGAAAACAGGCUGCUGGAGCUUCACUCUCCGGACGGACAGCACACUGUGGUGCUGCGGUGUAAAGACGGGGCCUCUGCUCACUCCUGGUUCACGGCCAUUCACACAAAUGUUGCUGCCCUAUUGCCACAGACGAUGGACCACAUCAACUCUUUCUUGAGCAACCCCAGCGCCAACACACACUGCAUACUCAAACACAUCGGCUGGUUGGCAGAGCUGCUGGAGCUGGACGGUGGGCGGCAUCAGUACAGACGAGUGGUCAUGGCGCUCACAGAGAAAGACGUCCUGCUGUUCCAGUCAGUGCCGUGGACACAUGAGAGCUGGACCUCUCCUCUCCUGACACACCCGCUGCUCGCUACACGGCUGGUUCACUCGGGCAGCGUCCGCAGCUCUCCGGCUCUGGGUGGAGAUCUGGUGUUCGCCACACGAACAGGCACCGGCCGAGGCAUCGAGUCUCAUGUGUUUCGUGUGGAGACACACUGGGAUCUGUCCACAUGGACACGUGUGCUGGUGCAGGGCGGACACCUGGCUGCUGAGCUCAUCAAAGAGGUUUCCAUAGGCUGUGUGUUGAACAGACAGGACGUGCGUCUGAUCCUGCACUAUGACAGAGGGUUCACUGUGAAGAGCGAAUCUGCCGAAUCCGUGCUCUUCCACUUCCCCUACGAGCGGCUCAAGAUGUCUGCUGACGAUGGAGUCAGGAACCUCUACCUGGACUUCGGUGCUCCAGAGGGAGAGAUGGUGUUUGAGCUCCACUCGGGGCCGAAGCCUGUAGUCUUUGUGCUUCACUCGUUUCUCUCAGCCAAACUGGCUCGUUUGGGACUGCUCACCUAGAAUCAGCAGGAAACCAUGGAAGUUCAUUUAUUUCUUCGAUUUAUUGACAGCUAGUAUUUUACUCAAGCAGUGUUUUCAUAGUUUACUUCUCUUCUAGCCAAGACAUUAGUUGUGUGAGUGUGUGGCUUUCUAAAGCAGAAAACUAUCCCAGUUUCCUCUGAUCAGGAACACCAGAUGUGCCUUCUCAUCUAGAGCCAACAAGCUUUCACACUCAUUUUCAGGCUUAAGGUCACCGUAAAGCUUUGCAGAGUAACCAAAAUGAACUUAUUCUUGUAUUAUCUGUGUGGUUUGUUAUUCACCUAACUCGCCUGUAUUUAUGUUUAUAUGUGUCGCAUGGCGAAGACUGUUACAUCUGUGUGUUAUAAUCUGAAUUAUGUCAUUUGAAUGCAUGUAUAUAAGGAGAAAAUGAAGCUUUAAAUACAUUCCCUCACGACUGACCAAAAUAACCUCCUUAAAGUUAAAACUCUAGAAGGUGUUGAAUAGGCUUGAUUCAGUUUAACUAAUGUUUUGAAAGAGAUAUAAAGUAUAGGAAUGUUUUAUUAGUUUAUCUGUUCUCUACAUGUCAUAAGAAAUACUUCUUCAUCAUUUAUGACCAAACCUGCUCCAGGCCUUGAUUUAUUUAUUUAUUCUUUCCCCUGCUGUAGUACAUUAUGAGUGUUAAAUCCUUAUUACAGGCUUCCCGCUGCCAUAAACACCUGGAAAUAUCAGCAGAUUUGGAAAUGUGAAGGAAAUUAAUGAAACCUUUCUAUUAUUAAAUAGAUCAUGGGGAAAAAG